AUUGAUUCGUUUGUGGAGGAUUCCUGACAGUGACAUUGCACAAGGCUUUGCUUGCAAACGGACCAAGUCGGCAUCUUUGGCUUACAAUGUGAUGGCACCUGCUGCAAAGGAAACACUGAGGAGUGAGGUUAAAAAGAGCGUGUGCCCAGCUGGAAAAACCAUGUUUUCGAUCAUCAUCGACGAGUCUACGAAUGUGACAUGUACUAAGGUACUAGCGUGCGCUGUAAUGUUCGUCGACACGGAUGUUCAAACUAAGUACUUAUUUUCGAUUGAUUUGGAUGGCGAGAAAGCAAAGGACUUAUUCCAAGCUUUGGAUAUGGGACUUCAGGAAUUUGGGUUCAGCAUGGAGAACAUUAUAGGAUUUACAGCUGACACCACAAAUGUCAUGUUUGUGUGUUUGCCACUCAGUAGCACUCGCUUCAACUUAUGCUUGUAAAAUGCUACCAAGAAGUCUAGAGCAAACGAUUAAGGAUACAUUCAAUUACUUUUCUAAGAGCUCAAAGCGGCACAGAAAAUUAAAGGCAUUUCAAAAAUUUCUAAAUUCUCCGGAGCAUCAAAUACUCAAUCAAUCAUUAUGAAAUUCGCUGGUUGUCUCUGCAUUCUUGUAUUGCACGUAUGAUUGAGCAGUGGGAUGCACUUGUUCUUUUUUUUGAGUACGAAUUGGGCAUAGAAAAAAAUUUACCUGCAGAAUACACUCUCUCAAAUUUAAAAAGCGUUUCAGUCUAAUUAUAUUUCUACUUUCUAGACUAUAUUUUGCCUAUAAUAAAUAGAUUUAAUAUCAUUUUUCAGUCUAGCAAAGCUGUAACACACAUAAUAUAUAAAAAUAUGUCUGAAACUUAUAAGUUAAUAUUAAGCUGUUAUUUGAAUUUACUAGAU